UUUGGUCUCAACACGGAAGUAAAACCUCUAGAAGAAGAGCGCCCUCCAGCGGAAUAACGGAAGCAACUGUAGGGUUAAGUUUACACCAGCGACGAACAGCAGAAGCCGCUGUGACUCAUGAGACUGUGGGGAAUGUUGUGAUUUAAUUUCUGUAGGAAUCAAAAACUUGUACAAGCAGCAUAAGGACUCCACUGAAUUUUGACUAACAUCAUGUGAGAAUGAAAUGACAAGAUUUAAAUCCCCCCACCCCGGCAUGGUGUAGUUUUGUGCUCUAGGUUCUCGGCCCGGCCCAGUCCGGUUACCCCAGAGCUCCAGCGAUAGUCAAAGCUUCACGGUCACCGACCUAUGUACCGGACCCUGGGCGCUCCUCCCAAGCUAAAAUUUAGUAUGUCACGAGUAGAGAGAUAGAUUUCUUGAAAUAGAAAACGUAACUGUUCAUUUAUUCGUGUUGGAUUAUUUCACGGUGGAUAGGAUAUUUAUUCUUAUAAAGUCCCACUUGGUUUAUGGAUAAAGAAUUUGAUGCGAGUGACUACUGAUCCAGACAGCGGAUGUGAUGUUUAGUGCAAAGAGCACAGCAUGUGAACGGGGAAUAGUUCAUAUUUGAAAGAUAAUCUUUUUUUUUUGUUCUCUGGUUUUGAUACUUGUUGUGGGUAGAUUUUUGUGUGUUCUGGAGAUAUUUUCAGAGUUUAUAAUUCAUACCAUUAAAAGUAAUCCUAGUCGUACCUAAUCUUUAGCUCAAAAAAUGGCGUCCAAAAAUUCGUUUGGGUCGUCAGCUGUGUCUGCCUCCUCUUCCUCCUCUUCCUCCUCCUCCUCCUCGUCAUCCUCAUUAAACACAGUGAGGACUUCCAUUCGUACGCCGCUGAAGCCGGCAAGUGUUCAAGAUCUUAAAGCCAAAUUUGACCCCGGAAAGCUGGGCUCUGAAGGCGGCGGCGUGGCUAACUCCACAACCACCACCACCUCCGCCACUAGCAAACUGACCCGGUCCGGGGAGAGGUCGAGCUUCGGCAAGGGCGGCACGUCGCCGUCGUCGUCGCUGUCCUCGUUAUCCACGUCAGGCUCGCGGUCGUCCUCUUCAGCGGUGUCCCUCUCGUCUGUCAGCUCUUCUCUCCACGCUGCUGCUCAGAGGAAACUUGGAGCCCCUACCUCCUCCUCCUCCUCCUCUUCUUCUUUGCCUGCUACGGGUCUGAAUAGAUCUGCUCCCAAAUCCACCGUGAGUUUGACGUCCCCAAGGCCUUUCUCGCCCCCGUCUUCCAAAAGUAGCAGCGCCCUGUCCUCACGCCCUGGUGGCCAGAGCGGCAAUAGCCCCGUGCUGGGCAAUUCCUCCAGGUUAUCUUCCUCUGACGGACUCUCUUCCUCCUCCUCCUUGUCGUCCACUACGUCAGCGACGAGAAGCGGCGGGAAGUGGGAGCCCCGUUCUGUGAGCAAAAGCUCGUGGUCGAAUACGUGCAGCAGUGGCAGCAGCACCCCGCGCGGGGCCGGGGGAGCAGGGGACGGGGCGGACUCGAGUACCGGGACCGUGUUUGAAAGGGACAAGGAUGGCCGUGUGGAGCUCCCCGUCAUGCACAUCAACACCUCCGGGUCGGAGGUCAAGGUCGAGGUUCAGAAACAGUCGAGCGUGGACGGCGGUGGUUCGAGACUGCGGGCGAGCGGCGGCGCGGACAGGACGGGCUCCAGAUAUCUGGGGAAGAAAGUCUCGGAGACGAAAACCGCCUUCAGCGCGGGCGGAGGGGGAGGGGUGUCCAAUAUCAGGAACGAGAAACCCGCGGCUGUGUCGAAACAGGACAGCCCUCCCGUGCAGAGAACGAGCAAACUAGUGGCCAGGGAAAUCAAAAUCGAGAGGCUGGACACGGGGGAGAAUGUGACGUCCUACAAAGACAGCAAGACUUCCGAGUUCAAGACGAAGAACGCCGCAUCGCCCAAGCCGAGGAGGUCGGCCGGGAAAACCGAUUCCGGGAAAAGCGAUUCCGGUGCUAAGGUAAACGUGGGGAACAAAGUCCAGGAAAUCAAAGUUCAGAGGGUUUCUAGUGCUGAGGCCUCCAAGCCGGACAGACCUCCCCCAGAGUUUAGUCAAAUCAAACUACGCGCAACAAAACCGCCCGCUCAGCUCCAGCAGGACGAGUCUAUCGGAAAGGGCCAGUCGGGCGGCGGGUCGUCGGAACUGCUGAGGACGAAGAGCUCUGACCUGGACAAGCGCCUGUCACGAAAGAUCAGCCCUGAGAGGUUUGAACGCCUCAAGUUUGACUUUGAGCGCGGGGUCCCUACCGAGACGGUGGCCCGCCGCGGCUCGGAGACAACGGACCACAUCGCGCUGCAGCAGAAGGCGCGGGAACAGGCGAAGGGCGUGAAGGAGGACGACACGCCAAUCAUCGCUAAGAAGAAGAAGGAAGAGUCCAUUCUGACCGAGGGGUUGAAGGUGUCAGAUUUCGUGAAGCAGGUCAACAAGAUGAACCCGGAAGCGGAAGGGCCUCCCAAGUGGAAGGCGCAUGCGCAGCAGCAGCGUCAGAAGAGCCAGACGAGCUCGGCGGCCUCCAGUGACGUAGGAGGGGACAGUUACUACCAGGGGAUACCGGGAGAGGAGGAGAUGGGCAAUUACAGCGGCGCCGCCGACGACGAUGACGACGACGACGACAUCUACGAGAAGGUGGCGCACCACCUACAGCGCGCACCCUCGUCCACUGACGGUGAGCAGGAAGGGGACGCGGUUCGUUCUCCAGGACGCAGAUUGGGAGUGUACAG